AUGGGGAACGCACCGGGGCCAGCUCGGGGCUGCGCUGAGGGCCGGGAGCGCUGGGGGUGCCAGGGGGGGACCCCAAGGCCGGUUUUGGGGUGCAUGGAGGGGCCUUGGGGGUGCAGGGGGGCCAUGGGGGAUGAAGGUGCAAUGAGGAUCCCAGGGCCGGUUUUGGGGUGCAGUGGGGGCCUGGGGGAGGGGGAUUUGUGGGUGCAGGAGGGGCCAUAGGGGAUUCGUGGGUGCGAUCAGGACACCAGGGCUGGUUUUGGGGUGCAGUGUGGGGCCUGGUGGGAGGGCAGGGGGUGCAAUAGUGAGGGCACCAGAGGCAUUUUGGGGGCUGCAGUGGAGGCCACAGAGAUGCAAUGGGGAGAGCACCAGACCCAGUUUGGGAGUGCAAUGGGGAGAGCACCAAGGCUAGUUUGGGGGUGCAAUGGGGAGAGCACCAGGCCCAGUUUGGGGGUGCAAUGGGGAGAGCACCAGGCCCAGUUUGGGAGUGCAAUGGGGAGAGCACCAGGCCCAGUUUGGGAGUGCAAUGGGGGCCAUAGGGGGUGCAAUGGGGAGGGCAUCAGGCCCAGUUUGGGGGCGCAGUGGGGGCCAUAGGGGUGUGCAAUGGGGAGAGCACCAGGCACAGUUUGGGGGUGCAGUGGGCCAUGGAUGGCUGGUGCAGAGGGAUUGGGGGUGGUGCUGAGUUCUGGGGGUGCAGGGGAAGGAGGAGGGGGGGAUGCAGUGCCUGCUGGCUGCCCACUGGAGAGACUGGAGCCCUCCCACCCCAGCACUGCCGGGCACCCAGGAGGAUGCUGCCCUCCGCCCUCCCCAGGUCUGACCUGCGCCAGAUGUUGGCGACCAAGAGUGUGGAGAACAUCCAGUUCCUGCCCUUCCUCACCACUGAUGCCAAGUACAGCGGGGUCAGGUCCUGGGGAGGGGGGUCAUAGAGAUUUGAGGGGUAGGGGGGAUCCCCCAGGCUGCAGCCAAGUGCCGGUGCCAUAUCCCUGCAGCAACCUGAGCUGGUUGGGCUAUGGCUGCCUGAAGGGGGACGGGACAGUGAUCACCGUCAACGCCAUCGGGGCAGCUCUGCAGACCCUCUACAUCCUGGUGUAUCUCUACUACAGCCCUGCCAAGCGCCCCGUGCUGCUUCAGGUCCUGCUGCUCCUGGCUGUGGUGGUCACUGGCUGUGGUUACUUCACCAUCCUGGUUGACACAGGGACACGCCUGACACACCUGGGGCUCUUCUGCAGCAUCUUCACUAUCAGCAUGUACCUCUCACCGCUGGCUGACCUGGCCAAGGUUGUCCGAUGCAAGUCGACGCGGUGCCUGUCCUUUCCCCUGACCGUCACCACCCUUGUGGCCUCCAGCAGCUGGACACUCUAUGGCCUGCAGCUCCAUGAUCCCUACAUCACAGUCCCCAACGUGCCAGGGAUCGUCACCAGCCUCGUGAGGUUCUGGCUCUUCCAGAAGUACAGGCCAGAGCAGGACAAGCCCUACAGCCCCCUGCCUGCCUGAGAGGUGCCCUCAGGAGCACCCCAACUCUGGCCUGGGCUGGCCCCACCGCUGUCCCCUUGGCCACUCCCAGUGGGACACCAGGAAGGACCUCCUGCCUCCAGCCCUGCAUCCUUCAGCGAAGGCCCUGGAGCUCUCAGAGAAUCCUUUGGGGUACCACAAGCCCCUCAAACCCCAGGGUAGGAGGAUUGUUUUCCAUGCCUAUGACCCUGCCUGGCAGCAGGAUUUCAAGGGGCAGGGAUUUUGAGUGGCUUCCAGGGGCCCAGGUGUCACUUUUGUAUGGAUUCAAGUGCCUUUUAAUAAAUCAGAGACUUCCCAGUG